AUGAACAAGAAGGAGGGGCAGAUAGCUAUAAUCAUGAAAAUGAACAAGAUGAAGAGAAAAGGGAGGAAGAAGAAAGCCCUGAUACUAGAUAAGAAAUGGGGGCAGAUGGCCAUGGACAUGAAGGAAACCCUUCCGGUGCGGGCUCACAGAGCUCCAUGGAUCAUUCGAGGUUCAAUGCACCUGCAAAAGGAAGUAAUGGUUUUUAUGGCUUCUGAAAGAGAUGAUUUGUACGAUCUCAGAUUACAGGAUUCUAAUGAGAUUGAAAUCGAAUAUGCAGGAUUUGAGUUGCCUGAUAAUAGUCCUCUUGUGAAAGAGCUUGAGAAAGAUAUGAGUUAG